AGAAACAAAGAUGGCCGAACGUGACAAGGAGGUCAUGUCUAAACUCAAAGAUCUUCAUGUAAAAGGAGACAACAGCGCGGAAGUUUCGUCGAAAAACAUCAGCAUGGACGACGCAAAGAUUUCCCGACUUUUGGAAGCGAUGAAAAAACGCAGCGAAAUCGACUCAGAGCAGCGUCCAUACAAGUGUCCACACUGUCACUGGGCCUUCAAGAAGUUGUGCUACCUGCAAAGUCAUUUAACGACACAUUCUGGACUUAAACCUCAUGUGUGCGAUAUCUGCGGUAAGGCGUACUCACACCAAGGCACCCUACAGCAACACAAACGUCUACAUACGGGAGAACGGCCAUACCACUGCCCGUUUUGUGACCGUAGCUAUAUCUGGUCAUCCGAUUAUCGCAAACACAUCCGAACACACACAGGAGAGAAGCCUUACGAAUGCAAAGAGUGUGGUAAAGACUUCAUCCGUUCUUCCGACUUGAGGAAACACGAACGCAACAUGCAUACCAACAACAAACCCUUUCAGUGCUCACAUUGUGACAAAACUUUCAACAGACCUUUGUCGUUGAAAAGACAUGAAAGGAAACAUCUUGGAGAACGGCCGUAUUCUUGUUCAGAUUGUGGUAAGAAGUUUGCAUUGGAGAGUCGUAUGGCCGAGCAUCAAAAAAUUCACAAAGGAGUGCGUCCGUAUGUAUGCUCCGUGUGCGCGAAGUGUUUUACGAAAUCGUCUAAUCUGACCGAGCACGAAGCUAUCCACAGCGGGGUUCGGCCUCAUAAGUGUGGAGAGUGUGGGGUGGCGUUUGCGAUGGCCUCCAGGUUGGUUCGGCAUCAGUACGUUCAUAAUAUUGGACAGAUUCACAGUUGCGGCGGGUGCAUGAGGAACUUUAGCUCUUUGGCUAAUCUGGAACAACAUCAACAGCUGAACUGUCCCAGCAGGAUCUUCGUCUGUGUACUGUGUGAUAAGUCCUUCAGGUGUGCAGACAAGCUAGCAGAGCACAUGCUCAAUCACAGUGACAAAAUUGGACCAAACUGAUUAUUGUACUGUAAAACUGUUAUAGUUUUUUUUUUUCCUUGUUGCACUUCACCAAACAAUUUCUGGUCAUACUGGUGCUUAAGUGGGCUCAGAUGUGUUACUAUCAUAUUCCUCAUAGCUGCAAUGCUGCAAUAGACCCAGGACAUAGCUAACCCACUAGUCGGGUUACCCUGUAUCCGAUUAUCUUCCAACUCCCACUUGGACCUCAGAUUUGAUGUCACGCCUGAGCUUGAAGUGUAAUAUUAUGUUUCUCAUGUCCCCUUAGCAACCUUAGGGACGUUAAUGCCCGUUAAAUCGAGUAUUUGUUCAAUACUGGCCUCAACACAACACCGACUACCACAUCCACAGGCAGUGAUAUGGACACAGUGAAGUAUUGUAGUAAUACGAGUGACUGAAAUUGUCAUUUAAACCACCAAAGUGUCUAAACACAAUGAAAACAGUUCAUAUUUACACAUCACAGUAGGCGUAGCCAUCCUGAAUUCUGAGUCGGAAUCCUUGCUGGGUUUACUUUUUCCGCCACUGAGGUCAGAGUCGCGCUGUCCCAGGAAAAGGGGUAUGUCACGCAUGUCACUAGGCAACUUCCUUGGGAAACCGAUUCAGAAGAAUAAUUGAAUGCAGGGUUAAUUAGGAAGUUCCAAUAGGCUCUAUUUACACUUACGUCACAAACCAGGAAGAUGUUUGGAAAGAUGAAAUUACAACUUCCCAGGCCCAUUUUUCUUCAUCUAAAUGCCAUUGUAGCGUUCUGUUAUGUUUGGCUAAUGAACAAUUACAAUCAUACCUCAGUUUUCAUCAUUUCCCCAAUGACACACAACUUCAAGCGCACUGGGUACAUGCGAUUGGAAGAGACAAGGGCGCCAAAUUCAAGAUGAUUCCAAACAGCACAUACAUGUGCAGUCUUCAUUUUACCUCUGAUCACAUUUACUUCAAUGGGUUUUAUCACAGUCGGUCAGUGAGCCCAGUGUCGGGAAGUUUUAUUUGCAUCUUUCCCAACGUCUUCCUGGUUUGUGACGCAAGUGUGAAUAGAGCUUUUUGACUUUGAAUGAAGAACUGUUGUCCCGCUCUCUCUAACUGCUGCCAUGAGCCUUGUCAUUUUGGUCUUAAAACACACUAACCCACUCUACAUGACCCUGGUGCUUUUGUUUCAAUAUUUUGUCUGUAAAUAAAUUUCUAUUCCUAAUAUGGGGCUUUGUUCAGAAUUCACUUCUAUAGCUGUUAUCUGCUGACUGGUACCGUGAGCUUCAUUUGACUGGAGCAGAGUGUCUAUGCGUGACGGUACACUCCCUUAGUCCACUUCUGUUAACACUCUAUGGAUGCUAAUUUCCCAUGUCAACAUACAUGUCAGUAUACAAGUCUGACAUGCUUGUAUACUGUCUCAUAUCAUAGUAGUAGCCUAAAUAUUUGUGUACGUGUCCUCAUGUGAAUGUUCAGAUCUUAAACUGGAAUCACAUAUAGUCCCAUCCAUUUGA